ACCUUUAGCGGUGUUUUUUAAAAAACCGCCGCAAAAAAAUUUAAUUGAAUUUAGACGUUCCCGUUUCAAGGAGUGAAAUUAGCGGCGUUUUGUUAAAAAAAACUCCAUCGUUUUAGGUUCAUCCAAUUUAUUCCAAGUGCUUCCGAUAGCUGUUCUUCUUUCCCUUAACAAAAUUUCCCCAAUUCCCCCUCUUCUCCUUUAAUCCCUAAAUUUUCAUCCCCAAGUUCCCAGCCCAUUUGCCACCGAAGAUGCCGACCGGACCACCUAGUGCAUCGCGCUCGACUAACCCCUCUGCUGCAUCGCCGUCGGUCUCUACUGCCACAACCAAUCAGGACCACAUCUGUAAUGUGCAACGAAAUAUACAUUUCAGUUCUCUCAACAGUGAAACAUUUCACUCAAUGAAUAGUGAGUUGAGGGAGUUGCCAGCUGUGGAGCUUUCUACUCUCGCAAUAAUCCUCAAGACUGUGACUGAGAGUGGCAUUGCUGAUCAGAUGCGGCUGACAGAACUAAUAUUGAAUGAUCAAGAUUUCUUCCAGAAGCUGAUGGAGCUAUUCAGAAUUUGUGAAGACUUGGAAAAUAUGGAUGGUCUUCACAUGAUAUUUAAAAUAGUCAAGGGGAUAAGAAAAACCAACUACACUAGAUUGCAGUCCAAGAACAAUUUGCAGAAGGCACAUAAUGGCUGGCUCCUACCUCUACAAAUGCAUAUGGGAGGCAUUGCAGCAACGAAUAAGAAUGAUAUUGAUCAACAUGCAGUUGACACCGUAUGUGCUCUGAAUCCAAAUUCAGGUGUGAGUUUCAGAUAUUUAAUGUGCAAAAAAGUAUUAGAGUGCCUUAUGUUUGUAUGUUAGUUAAGCAGAUUAUAGUUAGAACCUGCAGUAAGAUUGAUCAAAAACUACACCCAGUUUUGUAAUAGUCUACUUGUAUAUUUGCAUAUAUUUAAUAAUAAUCUCGUGUCAACUAA